AUGGGAAUAAUUAAAGGACUGCAGAUUGCUACUGCAAAUGAGUUCCAUCAUGGGAUUAUUGAGUCGGAUUUUGCUAUGGCCAUUAAUUUUGUUAAGCAUGGGUGUCCUGCCCAGUAUCUGUGUACAACUCUUCUGGAAGACAUUGCGAUUCUUGUGAAAAGAAUUUUUCAAGUGCAUUGGAACCACAUUCUUCAGGAAGCAAAUUUGGUGGCAGAUAUUUUAGCCAAGAAAGGACAAGAUCUUUCUUAUGGGCUCCAUAUUUUUCAUGCUCCCCCGCCAGAUACUAUUCAUGCACUCUCCUCCGACGCCAUGGGUAUCCUCAGGUUGAGAGGUUGCAAGUAA